AGCAAACCUGGGAAUUCCCACUGACUCGCGGGCCAGCGCGUGUGUGAACCGACCAAUCAGGACGCGAGCUGGCUUAGCCCUCUUCCUACCUCGUGACGAACGUUCGACAGACGUACUUGAGGGAAGUCCGAACGAUAGGGAUUCAUUUACGCUAACGCAUUCCUAGCGAGCAGACGAAAACAUUAACUAUCUCCGAUCGUACUCGACAGAUUUCUGAAGUUUCUUUGCAGUGCGGCUUCGUGCAAGCUUCAAACAAUCACAAUUUUUCCGUUUCAAAGUGCGCUUUCUGUUGUUUUGGAUACACAUCCCAGUACUAUGACUCUGACUGACCGAUGUGACUCCGUCCCGAUGGACAAGAACGAGAACUACGAGAAGAAGGAGACGAGCAUGGGCGACACACUGAGAGAGGUGGUGUGGCAGGCUCAAGAGCAGGGUCGACUCACGUGCGGUGUCAACGACUGUGCUCAACUGCUGGAAGUGUGGACAGCCUGAGCAAGAUGUCUGACAUUGUCAAAGGUCGCACUCCAAGCACUGACAACUGUGUCAAGGUCACGCGCUCCUCGGCCGCUGAUACCAGCUGUCUUAUUGUACAGUACCCCUCUGAUGGGACAAGCGAGGAAGACGAGGUUCUGGCAGAGUAUUACAAGAACGUCAUCUUCAGCGACUCUUCCCAGACUUGUGUUAUUUCCCUCCCAGACUGAACUGAAGUUGUGGUCCUUAGUCUAUGAUCAUGAUCAGGAGACCAGCUUCUGGUAUUUCAUCGUGCAGCGCAGUCACCGGACUGGGCUCAUCCAAAAUCAUCCACAAUUCACCCGUCGCUCCGCUGCUUGCCAAGGCAGCCACUUCAAGAGAGUCCGGCCUCUCACAACCGGACCACAUCACCCCCGCUGCGAUAUCGGAGACAGCGUGGCUCGCUACUGCCACUGAUGCGCUGAGAACAGCCACAGCGGCGUACGCUGCCAUCAUCGCUCGACCCGCCAACCCGCAGUGGGAUGGGACUUGAUUCCACCACCCUAGGCCACCCCCCGUACGGUACGGUACGCUACCGCCACCACCACCACCACCACCACCCAGCGCGCGACUUCAGACAAGUCCAGCUGCCCAGCGUGGUUGACCUGCGGCCUAGGGUCACAUGUCGAAGUUCGUGACUUCUCCUGUUUCCGUCCGUUACCGUGGCAACCCUGCCACCUCCUCCUCCUCCUGACCCGACUGUGAGGAUGAAUGCUGUGAAGUACAUCACUCGGCCCCGGUGUCCUCCAGUACCCAGACGUGGUAGUGGACAAUCAGAUAACUUUGUCUCAUUCUCAGUCAAUAAGUGCCCAGAGCCCUCUACUGCAAGAGUUGUUCACAUUUUCGUGUCCAUGUUAAAGCAAGCUGAUCGCUUCCACUGUUGAGUUUUCAGUCUUUUAAGUAAAUGCCUAAAAAAUGAGGGGUGCCACUUUUCCGACGUUUCAGAAUUCUAAAGCCUCUUUUAUUCUCGACUUGUUGUAUAAUGUAUAAACCCUGACUGUUCAUGUUCCACUUUAAGACAUGCUCAUUUGUCAUGGAAUGCAAAUUCAAUAAGUUCUGAAAUCUUUCUAGGUUUAGCUGGCACUCCUGAAUGAAAGUCAAUUAAUUUUGGACUGUUAUGUUUUCAACUGUUUGCACCCCUUACAAUUAAUGCAUGCACAGGAGGCCAUGUUGGCAGAACUCUAGUGUAGUGAGAGGAAGAAGGCAGGGCUGAGUGAUACAAGGGACACUACUCUGUGGAGUUGGAACCAGAUCCAACCACUGGAUAUUGUUAAUGGGGCAUCAAUGUCUCAGAGGGAAUACAAAGCCAUGAAUGGGGAACAUUGUUAGUCAUUUUGUUUAUAUCAUAAGUAGUUUAUUAUGUGUAGAAAUAGAAACUUUAGUUUUUAAAAAUUCUUUCUUUAUUAUUUUUUUUAAAGCAAUGAUAGACUGUAAUGUUAGAAUAUUGUAUAUUUGUAAUCCUAUUACUAUUGUAAAGAAAUGGUGUUGAAUUCCAUGUAAUACCUCUCCUGUAGUUCAUAAUGUAAUUAAUUCAUUAAUUCAUUGUAGCCGCUGAGUAUGAUGUUCAUGAAUAACCACACAAUUUCAGAGCAAAUAAUAUAUUUGAAACACACACAAAAAAUCUAAGAAAUCGACCUUUUUAAAUUUAGGAUCCAGCUUUGGGUUUUUGUUGUAGUGAUCCUUAUUGACAUAGGAAUGUUAUUCUGAUUAUUGCUUAGUAAUAACGGAAAAUCUGUUUAUUAUGACGAAAAAAAAAUGUAUAUCCUUAUGGUUUAAAGAAACAUCUUGUGAAGUUCUCUAAAUGACUGGUGUUUAAUAAAAGCACAAUAAUGACUAACGUGGUCUGAUGAUUGACACGUUUUCAUCAUUUGUUAAGAUGUUGAACUGAUUCGCAUAGAUCGAAAUAAUUUUUUUGUUUUUUGUUUUGCUAAUUCUGUGUUCUUUCCACUAUAAUCCUGUUGCCUUCAUUUGUACAUUUCAUUUUACGCUCAGCUAUAGAAUUACCGUUGCUCUUGAUCAGUCAUACUAAAUACCGGACUCACUCUUCUUAUGUUGUCUGGUAUUUAUGUUGUUGUUUUAUAUAAUUAUUAUAUUGAUAUGUUUUUAGGUUAAAGUGACAUUGUUUGAAGACUUUUGUAAUUGUUUAAUUACGUGCCUUAAAAUAGAAUAAUUGAAGAUUAUAACACCAAUUUUUUUUUUUUAAUGUAGGCUUUUAUGUCUUAAUUUGUUUCUGAAAGAUUAAUGACUUUGUUGGUUUCAAUGAGCAAAAACUCUUUAUUUCUCAUCACAUUAUUUCUUUUCAUGUAAUCCUUCAUUUCUGAUAAAUUUAUAAAUAAUUAGUUGCUUUUUUUGUAUUAGAUUAAUACUCUAGAAUCUUCAUGUUUAGUUUCCUGUGAGCAUGAUACCAUCAUGAAAUUGAAGACAGCUAUACAAAAUAAACUUUAUACCAUUUA